GUCCAGCCACCAUGAAGUGUUGUCCUCCUCCGCAAUCCUCCGCGGCGAGCUAUCACAGCUCCUUGUCGGUCGACUCGCUGCUGGAGAUCGUGGAUUCCAAGCAGCCACUUCCGUCCGGGUGGGAGAAAUGUCUUGACUUGAAGUCUGGCGUUGUCUACUUCCGGAAUCGCGUCUCCGGAGACAAGAGCUACGCCGUUGUACCGCACAGACUUCCCCUACAAUCAUUGGAGCACAGUCAGUCCUUCACGCAAAAUUCACUUCACGACAGAAUUCACCUGUCCAGCGAAAGAAUUCAGGUGUCGAGCGGCACCAGCAGCAGCAGCAGCAGCAGCAGUAGCGGCGUUGUCGUGGAUUUGGAGCUUGGUCUGGGACAAACUGCCAAGGAAAAUAUCAGAGGUUCCACAGUCUCCAUGACCGGCCGUAGCCGUCCACUGCUGCAGAUAGAAAUCGAGGACCUGGAUUUGAGAUUAACUCUCCGGCCGAUGAGCAGCUCGCAGCAGCAACAGCAGGUCGCAAUGCCACCACCACCACCUCCACCAUCGCCGUCUCACGUCUCGAUUUCAUCUUCUUCGUCGUCUCCGUGUUCGUCAACCACGCAAGUCGGAGCUGAAUCUUGCGAGGCCGAGUCGAGGAAGUCAAAACGGCAAAAGGCACGAGCAAAGUCCCAGGAGUGGCCUGUCAUGGUCACUGUAGGCUGCCGGCAGUGCCUCAUGUACGUUAUGCUCUCCAAAGAUAACUUGUGCUGUCCAAAAUGCGGUAACAGAGUCCCUCUGGAUUUCAUUCCUGCCGCCUGAACCCACUGCACUGCAGCACCAAUAACUUGUUAGGAGAUUAAAGAAAGAAGAACACAAAAACAAAGUUGGCUGUAGACAAAGUCCUGAUUGACUCUUAACAAGCAAAUAUGAAAAAGGAAACCAAACGAGAUAGAGCAGAACUGAAAAGAGAUAAAUGCAAUGUCAACUGGAGAGACGCUGGAUUUCAUGAA